GAGGGUCAGAGUGAGAGCCAGAUGCAAGCCAAAACGAUGGAGGUGCAGAAAAGCCCUGAGUAAGCAGAGAGAGAUGGUCCACAAAGACAAUGGAGCGGCCGCACAGAGAGCAGUGCAGCCGGCAGAACAUGCGGCCCCAGAGGGAGAGGUGGAGAGAGCGAGCAACUGUCUGAGAGGCUGAUGGCUUCCCUGUUCCUGGCUCCAGCCCCAGUGCAUCCUGCCUGCGCAUCCUUUCCGGUGUUCAAGAAGGCGAGCCCAAAUGGGAAGCUCACCGUCUAUCUGGGAAAGCGGGACUUUGUGGACCACAUUGACCUCGUGGACCCUGUGGACGGUGUGGUCCUGGUGGAUCCUGAGUAUCUCAAGGAGAGGAGAGUCUAUGUGACACUGACCUGCGCCUUCCGCUACGGCCGAGAGGACCUGGAUGUCCUGGGCCUGACCUUUCGCAAGGACCUGUUUGUGGCCAAUGUGCAGUCCUUCCCACCAGCCCCUGAGGACAAGAAGCCCCUGACACGGCUCCAGGAGCGCCUCAUCAAGAAGCUGGGUGAACACGCCUACCCGUUCACCUUUGAGAUCCCUCCGAACCUCCCAUGCUCAGUGACAUUGCAACCAGGGCCUGAAGACACAGGGAAGGCCUGCGGUGUGGACUAUGAAGUCAAAGCCUUCUGUGCAGAGAACCUGGAGGAGAAGAUCCACAAGCGGAAUUCUGUGCGCCUGGUGAUCAGGAAGGUUCAGUAUGCCCCGGAGAGGCCUGGCCCCCAGCCCACAGCCGAGACUACCAGGCAGUUCUUGAUGUCUGACAAGCCGCUGCAUCUAGAGGCCUCGCUGGAUAAGGAGAUCUAUUACCACGGGGAACCCAUCAGCGUCAACGUCCAUGUCACCAACAACACCAACAAGACAGUGAAGAAGAUCAAGAUCUCGGUGCGCCAGUAUGCAGACAUCUGCCUUUUCAACACAGCCCAGUACAAGUGCCCCGUGGCCAUGGAAGAGGCCGAUGACACAGUGGCCCCCAGCUCAACGUUCUGCAAGGUCUACACGCUGACCCCCUUCCUGGCCAACAAUCGGGAGAAGCGGGGCCUCGCCCUGGAUGGGAAGCUCAAGCACGAAGACACAAACCUGGCCUCCAGCACCCUGUUGAGGGAAGGAGCCAACAGAGAGAUCCUGGGCAUCAUCGUUUCCUACAAAGUGAAAGUGAAGCUGGUGGUGUCUCGGGGCGGCCUGUUGGGAGACCUUGCGUGCAGUGAUGUGGCCGUGGAACUGCCCUUCACCCUAAUGCACCCGAAGCCCAAAGAGGAGCCCCCACAUCGAGAAGUUCCAGAGAACGAGACACCAGUAGAUACCAAUCUCAUAGAACUUGACACAAACGACGACGACAUUGUGUUUGAGGACUUUGCCCGUCAGAGACUGAAAGGCAUGAAGGAUGACAAGGAAGAGGAGGAGGACGGUACUGGCUCUCCACGGCUCAACGACAGAUAGACUGGAGCCGGCCCGCCCCGGGCAGCUCCGGGUCCUCUCUCCUGCUCCAGGCUGUUCAUUUGUCUUCUUCCUCUUCUGGUGCCCCCUCCCCUUUGUUCUUCCAGUUUCUACUAGGGGGCCCAGCGGUCUUCCAGGUUGUGGUGGUGAACCUCUGGCCUCAGGCUGGGCCCCGCGUCCCCAUGCCAACAGGGCCACGUGCACCGCCAUCACCCUCUCAUUGCAGUCACCUCUUCAUUCCCCCUCUCUUCCUGCUGAUCCCCAGAAAGGCCACCAUGGCUCUGGCCUUGGAAUUUGGCCUGGGCUGGGGAGAGGGGGGAGGAUAAGGCGCAGGGCUUGGAAGGGUGGGGAUGAGGGGUCAAGACGCGUGAGGGAAUGUCCACAGUCCCAGGCGGAUAAUACAGUCUGGCAGCUAAAAGAUGACCGUGUCGAAGGUCCCCCUCUUCUGGCUGGGCGGGCAGACCGUGGAUGGAUUCUCAACACCUUUUUGCAGCUCUGACCCACUAAACAGCUUUCCCCUUCUACACCCGUCCCUGCUCCAUGCCCCUCUGUGUCUGACAGUGACAUUGGUGUAAACCCCAGGAGUGGAGAAAAGCAACUGGACUUUCUUACCAGCAGUGACCUAGACUAAGGCAAGCUGUGUGAGCUACUAACCUAAGUCUUUUUCAGUAUUGUCAGGAUAUAAUCUCCUAGCGACCUUAUAUCUUAUGCGUGUUGUCCUAUGUGUUACUAUGCACAGAAAGAGAAAGUCAGGAAGGGUCUUUAGAAAGUACGCCUCCUCCCCUCCCCCUUCCGGGCAGGAUGAGCUGAAGCACCAAAGGAGGUUUCCUGAAGGGCAGCUCUAAGAGGUGGGUGCAGAGGCUGGAAGGGGAGAACCUGCCCUGCUCCCUUCAUUUGUGGAUGUGCAGUUGGUGGGCCCAUGGGAAGUGAGGCUGGAAGUCCAGAGGGUCUAGGGACAGUGGUGUCCUCCUUCCUCCCCUUGUAGUUCUUCAGGGCUGGGCUGGACUGGCCUGCAGGCUGGGAGAGAGUGCCUCAGGCCACCAUACCCACAGGAAAAGGGGUCCUCCCUCAGAAGGUGGCAGGGUCCGUUGGGAUGGCCUCACCUAAAAGGUAGGGGGCUAGUAGGUAGCAAGGAACUCUUUGUUUCCGUGGGGAGUCGAUGACCCCCCCAGCAGUUCGCAGAGCCAUGGGGACCCAGAACCCAUUGGCUGAUGUUUGUGAUUGACCUCUGGGGUGUUUCCAGGGCAACAGGGCAGGCAGGUGAUGAGGUAGAAAGUGUUUCAAGGUUUCUGUUGUCGUCUGGUCUUUGCUGCUCACUUACUGUGUGUCCUUGGACAAGUUCCUUUCCCUUUCUGGGCCUCAGUUUUUCACCUAGAAAACCAAAGGAUUUGACCUGAUGAUAACAAGGGCCCUCCCAGUUCUGUCCUCCAAGAACUUGUGAACAUUAAAGUGUCUGGUUUAGUGGCUGGAGCCAGAGACGCUGACUCUGUUCUGGCUGCCUCCAGAGGGGAUGCACUCAUAAGACCCUGGAGGUGUCGGGGCCAUGGAGAGCUCUACUUCCCCACUGCAGGCCCGGGACGGACGCUUCUUGGGCCUCUGGCGGGUUGCCUGAUGUCAAGGUAUGGCCAUAGCUAGCAUGAGCUGCUCGGCCCUGGGGCCUCAGUAUUAUGAAAGGACAGAGCUUGUAUUUGCUGAGCCUUCAGGGAGAGGGGAGUGGAGGGGCGCUGUGAUAGAUAGGGCCUCCAAUAACUCACAGCCCCUUGUGGAUGCAGACACCUGAGGUUUACCUUAUACCCAAGCAAGAAUAUUGAUUUAUGGAGCAAGAGGCUCUCUCCUCAGUCCCUUCUUCCUUCUCUCUCUAGCCCAUACUUCCCUGAAAAGGGAGACAACAAAUUUUAUUAUACAAGUUGAAUCUCAACACUUUUCAGUCCAGCCCUUCCUGGGGUGGACUGGGCAGCUGUUUUCCAUGGUGAGAUUACCAGCUCCCAUGCCUGGCACUGCAUCAAGCCUAUCCCUUCUGCCUCUCAUGAAGACUCAAUCCGAGGGACCCCUACUCAGGUGAGAAUCAAGUCAGUUCAGACAGUCACACUCCCCUGGCCAGUCCUGGGGUCCUGGCUGCAGGUGCCCUGGGCAUCAAGCCCCUACCAGAGCUUGCUGGGCAGUUUGCACUUCAUUUGGGCAGCUGUGGAGCUGAUGAAAUGCUGGAACAACACACUCCAAGCGUGUGGUCUCCAGGGUCUUCCUCUGGAACCUUUGAAGCUGGUAUAAGACCCUUUACAAUUUGGGGUGAUCACUCCUGUCCACACCUCCUCCCCCAUCCCUAACCUGUGCACACAAAAGGCUUUCCACUGGUUUCCUGAGCUUCCACCCCUUCAACAUCUCCCUCAGCCUUUUGGGCUUGUCCCAGUGGUUUCCUGAAAUUUCUCCAGCUUCAGGAAGCAUCAUAGCCCCAUCUAGCCUUUUACUCUUUGGGUGAAGGGCUGCAGAAGGGCAAUGAUCAUGUUCAUUUGAAUUUGGCUUAACCAUCCUUGGCUGAUACCUUAAUUGCUCAGUGCCCAGCACUGGAGACACGGAGAUGGGUCAGUCCCAGGCCCUGUCCUCAGGAAGCUCAUGGUCAGGGGAAAGGCUUAGGGGAGGUCACGGGGGAAGGACGGGGCCAUUUUAUUCACGACUCCAGGGCUGCUCCUAGUCCAUAUAGUGCCUUGAUGUGAAUCAGAAACGGUUCCCCUUCCAGGUGGACUCUGCCCACAGUAGAAUGUACAGUUUUGUGAAUGGUGCCUAAGCUGGAGUUUAGCCCUACUGGCCCCUGGGCUGGGCGCCCCCUGCAAGCCAUGGGCUGCAUCUCAGGGGCACUCAGACCAGUAUUUCCUAUGGUGUCUCCCUGAGGGAAAGGCCCAGAUCAUCUUCCUGAGCCUCUGGUUGGCUCUAGCCCCUUGCGGCGCCCAAACGUGGCUGAGUCCCUCUCUGCAGAGCGCCUCUCCAUCCGGAGUCCUGUGAGACCUUGGAGUGAAACGGGGUUGGGAGGUCCUACUGGGUGCCAGGCACUGGCCCACAGUGUCAGUUCUUUCUGUGCACACAGUUGGGGCCUGUGCUAACCGCAUAAUGCCACACUGGGGGCUCUUCAGUGGGCCGCGAGGUAGCAUUUUAGGGCGGAAGGAGGACCGUGGCCCUGAGUGAAAAUCCCCAGGCAGAGGGCCAGCUGGGCUCCUCAGCAUUGCAACUAUGAGAAGAGUCAGCCCCAGUGAGCCUUAGGAACCUUAGGCUCACGUGGGGUAUUGUUUCGACUGGGGGAGUCGCUGACAAGCUGGUUCCCACAUGGUGCUGUGAAAAGCACGCUGGCCUGGAAGCCCACGGUGCCUGUCCGUUCUGACUGUCAUCAACCAGCUGAGCAAGUCACUCAACCUUUUGGGCUUGGUGUCCAUGACUGUAAAGUGGGACAGCAAUCCCUUCCCCACUUCGUCAAGGAACUGUGAGGCCCAGAUGGACGGAAGUCAGGAGACAUGACAGUCAGCCCUGUAAAUUGCAAAUGGCGACACAGACCAUGGCCCUGCCCCUGCAGGGGAGCGGCUCAAGGUCACACAGGAAGUUUGCUGUGGGCUGAGCCCUCCUCCCACGGGUCAUCUCACGUAGGCAGAUGUCAACUGGCAAGAAGGAGAUGUAGCCAGGUCGGCUUUGGUGACCCAGCUGAGGGGAAAAUGGAGACUAUUCAAAUGCCAUGCCCACAGAUAAUGGUCCCAGCAAGCAGGACAGAGAGACAAAACAUGGAUAUGGUCAGGGAUUGGGGCUCCGGUCCCAGGUUAGUGAGAAGCCCCAGCCCCAGGCCCUGAAUCAGUGCCCCAUCAAAGAACCCAGGGGGCACGUGGAAUAGAAAUUGCCUGCUCCUUCCCUUCAAAGUACAAGGCCCUUUCCGGUGUCAACAGGAACUGCCAAGACUUUUUGAUGAUACUUGGGACGUAUUUGGGCUUGGGGAAAACCCAGGUCUCUUACACACAGAGCUCAGCCCCAGCUGACCUCUCCCCCAUGGUUUCAGCAGCCCACAAAGGCAGCUUCUCUCCUGCCAGUGACAGGGGAUGGGACAUUCUCCACCCAUCCCGGAGGAAGACAUUAGGCCCCCGUCUUGAAUGCUUUUAGGAUCUCAUGGUCAUAGGCCUAUGCCUGUUCCGAUGUUUUCUUUUUAAAGUCAACAAGGACCAAAACAGACUCCCCCACCCUUGUGCGCAAGCCUGUGUCUUGGCCCGGGCAGCUCCAUCACUUUGUUCUCCCUCCAGAACUGAAAUGGCCUACCCGUGGGGCCAGGAAUUCCACCCCUGGCCCCCCCCCGCGGGGUCACUGCACAGCGGCUUCAAAGAGAGGCCUUGUGAAGGGGGAGCAUCCUUCCCUAUCCCUCUCUCCCAACCUUUUACCCUGAGAGGGAAGUCAAAGCACAGGUCCCCAGGACCCAUGAUCUGUAGACACUCUGACACAGUGGUUUUCAAACCAGGUGCUGUGGACCCCUGGUGUUCCACAGAGCUUUGUCAGGAGCUGCUAAAGUGGGAAGGGAGGGAUGGAGGCAUAGGAUAGGUCUCCAGCCCUCCGCCCAUCCCCACUUCCACCAGGACAACUCUGCUUUUAUCUGUCUUGCCCAUGGAAGUUUCACUUUCAGACUUUCUUUUGAAGAAAAAAAUCCUUCGAACCACCAUUCAGAGGUGGUCGAUGUUAGACCAGCAAGCACAGGUCAGGUUCUCUUCUUGCUUUUCAUGCUGGAAUGACUCUAGCGUUCCAAUACAAAGUAUCUUUGUACUGGAACUUAGGUCACAGACCAUUUGCUUACACACACACACACACACACA